UGGGGCUUGGGGGGGAAUGUUCAGAUCUGUGCGGCUGGUCCGACGUAUCGCUUCGUCAGUCGCAGUUUAACCGUCCACCGACUUUUCAAUUCGUGUGGACUCUGUUUGAAACUCUUAAGUGAAUUUAACUCAUUAUUGUGCAUUUGAAAAAUCUUUUGAACAUUAUUGUGCAAAGUGAAUACCAGUGAACGUGGAAUUUAUAAAUCAGUGUUAUCAAAAGACUAAUUAUGGUGAACAUGGAGAGUGCAAGUGAGCAGCAUACAGUGACGGCUUCGCCACCACCCAGAGCUACUCUCAAAAGCAAUUUCAGCAUCCGCAGCAUUGUUCCAGAAGCUUGCGCAGGAACUCCAGCUCCUUCCGUCAGCCAAUCGCUUUCGCCUGUUGACCAUGUUGACGACAGCGAUGAUUGCAGUGACCUCGACGUCACUGGUGACGGUUCCGAAACUCCUCCACUCGACUGCUCGAGGAAUUCCUCAUCCUGCAGUCCGGGAUCCCAAAAGGACGCACGUGAUCAGUCCAGUGAAGAGAAGAAAAAAUCAGAAAAACCACCCUUCAGCUACAACGCUUUAAUUAUGAUGGCAAUUAGGGAAAGUCCCGAGAAGAGAUUAACCCUUAAUGGAAUCUAUGAGUACAUCAUGCGCCAUUUUCCCUACUACGAAAACAACAAACAGGGUUGGCAAAACUCCAUCAGGCACAAUUUGUCCCUGAACAAGUGCUUUGUCAAGGUUCCGAGGCAUUACGAUGAUCCCGGCAAAGGCAACUAUUGGAUGUUGGACCCGAGCUCGGAGGACGUCUUUAUUGGAGGAACCACCGGAAAAUUGAGAAGGAGAACAACCGCUGCAUCCAGAUCCAGGUUGGCAGCUUUCAAACGAAGUGUUGUCUUGGGAGGUUUCUACCAAAAUCCUUACGCACCACCAGGAUGGCCAAGCUCUUUGUACACAUUGCCGUACCUCCAUCGAGCGAGUUAUCCUUCAGUGACCGGAGCUUACACGACUCCAGCCGGAUAUCCAGCGAGUUUGCUCCCGGGUGCCGUGACCACAACAUCCCCGAGCAUUCCUUGCAAGCCGCAACCUCUGCCAGCUGCAGCUGCUCCUCCAGCCCACGGAGCCUUCUCCAUGGAAAGGCUCCUUCAAGCACCCAGUGGAUAUCCAGCCGGCAUUCCUGCUCCGGGACUCACGCCGACGGGCAGCCCCUACGACUUUUACACAACUCUCAGGUCGUUGGCUGCUCACCAACAUCAGGCAGCAGUCUUCAAUCAACAACCCCGGUACCUCAAUCAACCUCUGAUGAGCCAACCUGCCUCCACGACAGCUUCCCCUGGAAGUAGUCCUGAGCCAAUGUCUUCACACUCGCCACCAGUUUCGAUAUGCAACAACAUCAGUCAACAAGCAAUGAGUCUCUCUCACAACCCUCAACUGCUUUUGAAACCGAUCACUGUCCUCACUGGGCGACAGAGCUGAAUCGCAGGUAAUAUGUAAAAAUGCGAAUGAAAAAUUACUACGUCCUGACCAGUCAGAAUGUACGGCAAAUUUUUCAAUUCGAUGAAUUUUAGUCAUUGAUCUAACGGUGAUUGACUGCCCUUGGUUAAAUAUUAAUUCAUGGAUUAAAGAACUAAGCGCAUUUCUAAUUCAAUGUUAAUUGUGUAUAUAUUGUCUACAGAUUUAUUAUAGUUCCUUGCAAUGUCAACGGAAUAAUUUAAAUUGCAAUUUAUUUAUCCUCGAUAUUGUUCGCACUUGGAAAUGCGUCAUUAGAAUUUUUAUUUAUCAUUAAUAUCGUCUUUAAAAUGUUUGUAAGCAUUUUUUGAACACGAGUUUUCUACUCCAAGUGGCAGUCAACUUUAGCUUUGAGAAAAAUAUAAUACAAUGUUUCUUUAUAUUCUCACAUGAGAAUUAGUUUGUUUUAGCUUUCCAAAAUUACAUUUGUUUUUUCGAUAAAUGUAGCGCAGGGAUUCUCAUUCGUUUUCAAACAAAUUUUGUCACUGUUAUUGAUUUGCGAUUAAUUUCUUGAAUAUUUUGUGAUGAAAAAAAAAUCACAAGAGUACGUUGACUUCUGAGAUGCGUUUAUUAUUUAUUUGCUGAUUUUUACUCAAAGUAACCAUUACAGUCAAACAAUUGAGAAGUUUUAAAUUUGCUAUAUAUAUGUAUUUUUUAAAAAGUAUUAUAAUUUCUCGAUUGUUUGAAAAAAAUUCGAUACCAGUAUUUAAAAUUGAGUUAAUAACUUGCUGAUUUUUCGUAACCAAAUGUUAGAAUAGUUUUCUGGCUUAUUUAAGCCUAAAAGUGAUCUUUAUAUUGUAUAGAAAGUUCUAAAAUAUGUAAAUAUUGGGUAGGCGUAGCGCGUAAGACGUGAUCUCCCUCUCGUUGUAAUAGUUUAUAUUGUAAUUAUAAAGAGAUACACAUAUGUAAAUAUUAUUUAGUAUUGUGAAUUCGCCAAAUGUUUAAACAUUCGAAUGUACAUAUGGUAUGUGAUGAAAGAUUAUCAUUCUCGAAUUAAUAAAUGUUACAAUCUUUUGCAUAAA